AUGAAGCCAUUAUCGAUUGCAUCAGCGUUGCUGGUCGUCGCUUCCAGCGCCCUCUCCGCUACCGCCGCCUCCUCCAAGAAUUCACAGCCUGCACAGUUCAAGCCGCCGCAGGUCUUCAGAAAUGCCAACUUAGUCCACAUCAUUUCCUUGGAAAAGAACUACGCCAAGGAACAGAUUAAUGUUCUCAUAGAAAACGUGUCCAAUGAGCCUCAAAGCGAAUACUAUCUGCCAUUCACCGCGGAACAAAUUGCUCGCGUUGGUGGCUUCGAAGUAAAGGACCGCAAGAAUGCAAACGCUGGUCCGUUUGUUUCUGAAGCCGUUGAAUAUGACCCCAACAGUGAUGCUCAGUACUAUCGUAUUCAUCUCCCAGCCCCUCUCAAAGCCGGUGGUCAACAAACCCUCGGCAUAUCCUUCUACAACCUGAAGGCUUACAGACCCCUUCCCGCCUCCAUUGCGCAGGACGAGAGGCAAUAUCUCGUCCACGAUUUCUCCGUCUAUGCGCCAUCCGCCUAUCCUACCUUGAAGCAAAAGACCGAGGUCAAGGCUGCGUCAUCCACAAUUCCCGACUAUACCAAGAUCACCGAAGGCAAGGAGGAGCUCCCGCAGAAGCAGGGUGCCAAGCUCAUUUAUGGUCCCUUCGGUGAGAAGCCUGCUGGAGCCAUCUCCCCUGCCGAAGUUCGAUUCGAGUUCACCAAGCCCGUCACCCAUGUUUCUACCCUAGAACGCGAUAUCGAAGUCAGCCACUGGGGUGGUAACGUCGCCUUCGAGGAGCGAUAUGCCUUGCACCACCGGGGUGCCAAUUUGUCGUCACCUUUUAACCGAGUCAAAUAUGCACAAUCCGCCUUCUUCAGUCCUGCUUCUUCAGCCCUGAAGGAGCUACGUGUCCCCCUGCAGGUUGGUAGCGUUGAUCCGUACUUCACCGAUGUCAUUGGCAACGUUUCAACGUCCAAGUUUAGAAGCAACAAACGCGAAGCAUUGCUGGAGCUCAAGCCCCGGUACCCUCUCUUCGGUGGCUGGAACUAUCCCUUCACCAUUGGCUGGAACUCGGAUGCUGCCAACCUUCUCCGCAAGACUGCAGCUGGUGGCUAUGUCCUGAAGGUUCCUUUCCUCGAGGGCCCCAAGCAGGCUGAAGGUGUUGAGUAUGGACAGGUUAUCAUCCGCGUGGUUCUGCCUGAGGGAGCUCGCAAUGUCAAGUAUUACACUGGUAUCCCCGAAUCGUCCAUUGUCAAGACUUCAGUCAACGUUCACAAGACUUUCCUCGACACCCUGGGCCGCACCUCGUUGACAAUCAAGGCACAGAACUUAGUUGACGAAUUCCGCGACCGCGAUGUCAUCAUUUCAUACGAGACUUCAACGUUUGAUACCCUGCGAAAGCCUUUUAUUGUGUUUGCUAGCAUGAUGGCUGUGUACGCAGCUGCCUGGGCAGUCGGUCAGGUGGAGGUUGGGUUUACCAAGAAAUAA